AUGCACGCACUGACACGACAGAGACUCCCCAGCCCUCUUAACAACAUCGAGAUGAAAGCGCAAGCGAUAGAGGCCCUCGCGCGGCUUGCAACGGUGCAGGUCUCAUCCACCAUCACGGAUGGCCAUAUCGAAUACCACGUGGAUACUACUGGUUACUCGGUCAAGCUUCUCACGCACUGCAUACCAGCCCUUUACAUACUCUGCAAACCCGCUGUACUCAGCACCGCCGCACUGGACGUCCACGAAUGCAUCGCCCUCGCCACCAUCCUGAAAGAGUUUGCCACAGCGAAAAAUAUCGUCUCAGCCACACCCGCAGAGAUCGAGAUGAUGCGAGCAGCCAACGAGACACUGCUUAUGGUAUGCCGCAUGACAACAAAAUCGCGUUCCUCAGAGUUCACGUCGCUCGCCCCACACACCGCCCAGGCGUGUGCAAUCUACCUCAGCAUGCUAUCAGAAGCAGGCGUCGGCCCAGCUUUGAUCGUAGCCCUGUCCGGUCUGGACUUGCUGCUAUGCACGUUACCGAUGCCCGGCGCGUUGGACGCCGCCGUCGCAUCAAAUGCCCCGUUGGCCCUCGUCAACCUCUGGCGGUUCAUAGAUUCCCCCGCAUAUGCCGCAAAGUAUGACGCGGCGAAACUCGACAACGCGAAGGGCAAGAUCCUCAAAUCGCUGACGUAUCUACUGGGUAGCGGCUCACGCGGCGCCGACGUGUACAUGCAAUGCGAACAGCCGAUCAUAAGCGUAUUCCAUCGCUCAAUCGGGAAGCUUAUGCGGGAAUCCAUUGCCGACGCUGCCACACAUCCCCUUCAAACGACUUCCGCCGAAACCCCCUCCACAAUGGUUCCCCACCCAUCGCCAACCCUAGGCCACCGCGCCCUCCGCCUCAUCUCCGUCCUCAUGACCGACAAACGCUGCCGCCUCCGUCUAGUCGCCGACAACAUCCUCGCAGACCUCAUCAACACAUCCUUCGUCGCCCCGCUCCUCCUCCACCCCGCCCCGCCCAUCACCGCGUUGCUGUUCACGACCCUGCAGCGCGCCGCAGAGAACUCCGGGGUCCGGUUUAGGAUGCGUGAUGGAAGGUUCUGGAAUGAGGAUAGUGAGGACACUGACUCGGACGUGUCUGAUCAAAGUACACAUAGGCCGUCCACACAGAUCUCGCCAUUCACAGUCGUCCAUUUCUGCAUCGCUUUCUUCAUCCUCGGCGCCGCCCUGCCACCCGCAUCGACACCCCACGAUGCAGAGUACAGAGCCAACCUGAUGCAACGCGCCAUGACCUUCCUGUACGGGAACUAUAGCCAUGAUACCUCGGUGGCGGAGACGCUGUGUGGGUGUCCGAUGGAUGUGCUUGGGGAGAUGGAAAGCGUUGUGCCGCGGGAGUGGAGGGUGGGGGGUGGCAGGGUUGUUAGUGCUUUUCCGGUGCUUAUUGGGUUGAUCACUGGGGGGAAUGGGGAGUGUGGGGAAGAGAUGCAAUUGGAGGUCUCGUCGGACGAUGGCGACGCGAAAGAGACACCGCAGGGAUCAGACAAUAAUCGCGAAAAAGAUAACCCGCCCACCACCACCGCCCAAACCCGCCUCGCAGCCGCCAGCCUCCUCGACGCCCUCAUCACUGCCGGCAAAGCCCUCCCCCAACUCCUUUCCCCCACCACCCUCUCAACCCUAACACACUCCCUAAACCCCGCCGAAGCAGUCUCCCCCGUCUCCAAAAUCCUCACCCGCGUCCUCGGCCGAUUGAUCUCCUCCCCCGAACUUUUGAACACCAUGGUGGAGAACAUGGGCUUUUCGGCGGUGUUUGAGACCCUGUUGGGGAAAGAGCGGAUGGUGGAUGGUAGCGGGCGGGGAUUUAUGAACACGUUUGCGGGGUUAUUGGCAAAGGAUAGGUGGGAGAGCGCAAGGAUGCUGUGCAGGUUGUUCGAAUACCAUUCCAAUAACGCGAAUGCAAGACAUGUCUCGGCGGAGGCGUUGUGUGCGUCGCGGGUGGUGAGGGAGAAGAUUGCACUGGCGUUGGCGUAUUGUUGGGGCGGGGAGCUCUUAAGCGCCGCUGUCCUGCCGCCGACGAUAUCAGCGACCCACAUCACAGCGACACACCACGCGACCGCAAAGACAGCACUGGAUUGGCUCUUCUCCCUCGCGCUACGGUUCUCGUUCACUGACGAUGUGCCUGAGGACGCGGAUGAGGGUAUGGACGAGGAGUAUGCGGCCGGCCGACACGACCGCGCAUGUGCCGCCCUGCGAUACCUCGCUUUUACAUCCGACUUACGGCCCGAGGAUGCCUUGCCGCCGGAUCUCGUGGGGGCGGAUAUACCCCCCUGCGAUACAUCCCUGCUUGCUCAGAUUUACCACUUCGCCUCAACCCAAACCGAGGGGUGUGAGAUAUCCACGGAUGAUGGCGACACGGUCCUGGCGCAUUUGACAACCGACAACACAACCAUCCCCUUCCCGCGCGCCGCGGCCGCGGCCGCAUCGCAGGUGCUGAGUGAUAUGCUGUACGGCGGGUAUAGGGAGUCACGGCAGGAUGUGGUGCACAUCGAGGAUGUGGAGGCCGGGACGUGGCGGAUGAUGGUGGGGUAUUUCACUCUGGCUGGGAAGGACAACACCGGUUCGAAUACCCCCACCGGUUCGGAUACCCCACCUCCGCCACUCCCAUACACCCACCCCACCCUCCUCCGCGUCCUCCGCCUUUUGACAACCGCCGACAAAUUCCUCAUGGCCCCUCUCAUCGAGCUCUGCAUGCAACAUCUCCACAGCGCGGCAAUAAAUGCGAUUUCCACCGAGGAUGGGGUGUUGAGCUUGGAGACAUCAUCCAUUGAUAGAUGGCGGGGUGAAAUGUGA